GCCGGCCGCGCCAUGUGCCGCCGCCGCCGGGCGCCGAGCCGGGCUGCCAGCAGCCUCCCUCGCUCCCUGCCGCCGCUGCCGCCCCCGCACGAAUAUUAAGGUUAUUAAAGAAUAUCACAGGUCCUAAGGAGAACAGAACCAGCCCUCAGCCAAAGCUGAGCUACAAAGAGGACCAGUUCAUCGCAGCCUGGUUUGAAAGAAAAACAAAAUGAAGGAAUUGGUGUCAAACAGUACAACCAAUAUAUCUCAAGCCAGGAAAGCUGUGGAACAAUUAAAAAUGGAAGCAUACAUGGAUAGGAUGAAGGUAUCCAAGGCUGCAGCAGAUUUAUUGGCAUAUUGUGAUGCUCAUAUUGGAGAAGAUCCCCUUAUUAUUCCAGUGCCUGCAUCCGAAAAUCCCUUUAGGGAGAAGAAACUCUUUUGUACUAUCCUUUGAGUCAGUUUUCCAUUAAAAAUGUCUUCUGCUACAA